UUGAUGUUAACAAGUCUGUCAACAUGUGUGGCACAAGUGUGCGGUAGGCCUCUGCUAGGGAAACGUAUCGUGGGAGGAGCUGAAGCAUCAGCAGGGUCAUGGCCAUGGCAAGUGGACAUUCAGUUGGGAGCCAAAGGCCAUGUUUGUGGUGGAUCCAUAAUUGCAAAAAAUUGAGUCCUUUCUGCUGCACACUGCUUUCCUAACCCCUCAGAAGUGUCUUCGUAUCGCCUGUACAUGGGACGCCAUCUGCUCAAUGGCUAUAACCAGUUUGAGAUGGUCAGUCAGGUGCAGCGAGUGGUUGUUCCAGAAGGAUACUCAACCCCUCAGGAGGGCAGAGAUGUAGCCUUAGUGCAGCUGCGCUCUCCGGUCACCUGGUCAGACAGGAUCCAGCCUGUGUGUCUGCCAUAUGCUGGAUUCCAGUUCAACAGUGGAACCUUAUGCUACGUCACGGGCUGGGGACACACUCAGGAGGGUGUUUCCCUCGGGGGAGUCGGAGCGCUACGGGAAGUGCAGGCGCCCAUUAUCAACCAGUCCUCCUGCCAGUCAAUGUAUCAGAUUUUGUCAUCUGAUUUAAUAACAGUCAACAUCUUAUCAGACACGAUCUGUGCUGGAUACAUGGAGGGAGGCAAGGAUUCCUGUCAGGGGGACUCUGGAGGCCCUCUGGUUUGUUCUGGUGGCAGUGGGACUUGGAUUCAAGUGGGAGUUGUAAGUUUUGGACUUGGGUGUGCUCAGAAGAACCGGCCAGGUAUUUAUUCCAGAGUAUCAAGCUUCGUGAGCCUCAUCCGCACCACAGUUCCAGAAACUCACUUUUUCGGUCGCGCUCAGAAGAGUGAAAGUCAAACGCUUCUGGUUCUAGGCCUCUCUUUUGCAUUAGUACUUUUGUGGAGAUAGUAUAUUAGUUAAGUAUAUGCAGUGUACAUGUGAAACACAAAGUCAAGUUUUGA